AUGGCGGGGAACCCACUUGACCCCCUGCAAGCGCUCUCAGCGGCGUUAGCUGUCCCAGCAGACUCGAAAGAACAGGCUGAAUUGCUCGCCGCGUUACGUGAAUCGCUCGAGGCCCACCCCAGUCCCAUACCCAUCCUCUGCACGACCCUCAUCAGAACCGUGUCGGGCGCGGGCGAAUCCCUACUCAAGAGAUGGGUGUUGGACCUCCUCCACUUUGCCAUAUGUCGGUCUAGUCUCUCUCUCGAAGUCCGCACGCAACUCGCGUCUCAGUCUAUCGACAUCUUGGCGAAUUUGUUGAAUGACCCCUCCGUUCGAACCGUCAAGGUCGUCAUUCAAUGCUCCAAUCGCACACAACGACAGCAAUGGGAUUUGUUGACCCAGUGUAAAACUAGGAUCCUGGAUUUCGUCCGGUCGCCUACAGCUAACAAUGGCGUUAAACUAUCUGCCAUCAAAUUCGUGCAGAAAGUGAUCCUCUUGCAAUCCCGUGGUAUCUCUGAUCCGAGGCUUCAAAAUAAGAACGAUCCCAACAUCGCCAACGUCCCCGUGGACCACCCUUUCUUGUCUGCGUCUGCUUUGGAGGCAGAGGGGAUGAAAUUGUUGGAGAACGUGAUCACGAUGUUGUACACUAGCCAGGAACCUAACAUCCUCACCGCCAUCGUCAAUAGCUGGAGCACUCUCAUCAAGCAACGUCCUUCGUUGGUGCACUUGAUCGUGUCGUCUCUGAUUUCGUGGACGCCAGUUUCCCUUGCCGGUUUACCGGUGUCUGCGAUCAAGAGCGUGGAGAAGAGCAUUCGAAUAUUGCUUGUACACAUAUCCAGAGGUCCUCAUGGUUCGGCCUUCGGUGCCCAGAUUAACGAAGCUCUCGCCAUACAGGCUCAACGCAUGGAACGUGCUUCCGCCGAAGAGAAAGCACGAAAGGCAGCUGUCGCAGCUGCAGCGACCGAGGCAACACGCAAACGCCCACCUUCCUCCAUUCCUCCAGAAGAACAAGCAGAUCCAAAACGUCUAAAAGCUGAAGUCGACAAUGCCGCGGCGAACUCUGCGGCAUUCCUUGCUGCGUUCGACUUUACUACGCUCCCGAUCGGACUCGUAACGGAUCUCAUUGUUGCUAAUCUGCAAGCGUUCUCGGAGCCUGCAUUAAUGAAUUUGGUUCAAUCAUAUCGACAAAGUAGAGGAUUACCAUCCGUGCCGCCAACUAAGCCCCCUCAGCCACCAGACUCUGUUGCUCGUAUCGAAGGAACCCCAGUUGGCGGAACGCUCGCAGGUGUUGAAGCUGUCAAGGAGGAAGUUGUCGACCCAUUGAAAAUGGAUAUCGAUGAAGAAGAAAUGGAGUAUGAACCAGACAAAUUGAACCUGGAGCUUUCCGGUGAAGAGGCUGCCGCCUACGAGGAAAUGAUACCAGUGGAUAUUCCUGACGACUUACCCUUUGACCUGUUGGAUUUCAAGCUCCCGUCACCUAAAGACCUCUCCGCGGAUGAACGAGUCGCUCUCAUGCGGGGCGCUGUAACUCGAAUAUGGGAUGGUGCAGAGGACCUGCGACGUACGACUUCCAUGGGCAGUAGUCAGACCGCAAACGACAUGUGGAUGUUGCUCAUCGUCCGCAUGAUCACUCGGGCGGUUAUACUUCCCGGAGCAUCUGAAUCACCAAAAGACGAUGCCGAAUCGAGCGAUGCGGCGGACGCUCAACUAACGGCGCUGUGCUCGCGGCAAGAUGCGCUCCGGCAGACCCUUUGCGAAUACAUCAUGAGCGAUUUUCCUUCUAGGUUACGCUUGGCGAUUACUUGGAUGAAUGAAGAGUGGUAUAACGACCGCAUACGAAGUGCUGCUGACCCCAAUUGGCGGCCGAACUACGAGUCGUGGCUAAACCAAAUCGUUUCUACAUAUCAGACCAUUCUGGAGAGCAAGGCUGAUGGAAAACCCGACAGUAGAGACAAAGCGUUCUCGAGGUUUUUGUUGGACUUGCCAGACGUACCUUCGGACGUAUUGGACAUGCUCCGUGACCUUUCCGUCGAGGCAGAAAAGAUGCACGUGGGCUUCACGACGCUUCGAGACUUGGUUUUGGAGCGGCCAUCGUUACGAGCGGAGGCGUUGCGCGUGCUAUUGGACUUGACGACUCAUCCGGAUUCGGUUACACGGCGUGCGGCUAUUAAUACGGUAAGACGAUGGGUCCCAGGCGUAGAGCCCCUGCAUAGUAUGAUUCGUGACUUUGCCUUGCAAAUCCUACGGCGCUUGCAAAAACGUCCGUCUCAAGAAAGCAAAGGCACUAAUGGUCAAGCGAAUGAUGGACAACUUCCACCGGAGGAGCUUAUCCAGACGCCAUACCUUAUCGACGAAAUACAGCUUCCGGCAGAGAAGUCGCAUGUACUUCAACACGUCGAGCUCCUCUUUGCCUUAUCUGUCAAAAUUCCCGAGUUCUUGGAUGAGAUCUUUGUAUCGUACAGCCAAAUGGACAUCACUGUACAGGAGGCCAUACAAGAUCUCAUAACGGCACUGAUCAAGUCGUUGGGCUCGAACAACGGGAAGCUCCUGACACUCAUGCGGACGUGCCCGCCUGGUUCUGAAUCGUUGGCUCUUCGAGUGUUGACGAUCUUCACGGAACACGGGCGACCGAGUGUACAGCUGGUUGCGCUGGUCAAGGGUCUCAUUUCGGAGCGCGAUCUCGACGCACGUUUCCUGAUACCGAUCAUCGCAGAGAUGGACAAGGUGGACAUCAUGCGGCACCUCCCCCGUAUCGUCUCUAUCCUCAAUGGACAACCGGAGCCGAAGAACUUGGUUCGGUCGGUAUUCAGCUCGAUCGUGACGACACCUCCGCAAACGUUUGGAAGCGUGACAUCAAAUUUGCCGCGUGUACGACAGAGUGAGUUGCUUACGCCCGCUGAAUUGAUGGUGCUUCUGCAUGAGGCCGAGAAAGAGAUCGGGUUGAAGAGCGCCAUCGAAGCCAUCGGGAUUUGUUUUUCUAUGACGGAUGUUUUCCGUUCCGAGAUCCUUGCUGUGGUGAUGCAGCAAAUUGUUGACGAGCCAGUUCUUCCAGUAUUGUUCCUACGGACGGUCAUCCAGGCUGUAACGACAUAUAAAUCGCUCGUUCCGUUCGUCUCGACAACACUCUUAUCCCGGUUAAUCACGAAAAAAAUCUGGCAAAAUCCCCACCUGUGGGAAGGUUUCAUUCGUUGCGCUAAAGUGAUCGCUCCGGCUAGUUUUGGCGCGCUACUCCAGCUACCCAAAGAACAACUGCGCGAACUGGUGGACAAGCAGCCGAGUUUAAAAUCCGGUUUGCGGGACUACGUUACCAAGAAGGCGGGUAAUAAGGCGAGGGUGGCUGGGUUUCUGGAUAUCUUCGGGGACGAUGAUAAUACGCCAUCGUCUGCAUCAUCGCCAGCCGCGCCGCUUGUUAGUACCACUUAA